UACCUGCUUGUUUUUUAUUAAAUCUAAUAAUUAUUUUAAACCGAGUUUUAAGAAGAGGUCAUUUGGGAAUGUAUUCAAUAUUUUGGAUAUUUGUGUUUUCUUAAUGAUUGCAAAUAAGUUUUAAAGCCUAAGAUAACAAUAAAGGAGAUAUAACUUAAACAAGGAAGUAAUUUGCUUCUGAAUACAAUGCAGUGAUUCAUAUACUCAUAUGAAGAUAUAGGGUUUACAGUGAAAUAAUUAAUAAUAUUUGACAAAUAAUCAUCACUUCAUCCCACAAACCACACACACUUGUUUAUUAAAGAACGUUUUGACUUCAUUCCUUUUAUCUUAAACUGCAUUACCAAAAACUAUGGCUUCAAAACAGAUUCAGUGUGAAAUGUGCAGUAACGAAAAUGCAAUUGGAUAUUGCAAAACCUGUGGAUACCUUGGAGAAACUUGUAUAGAUAUUCACAAGAUAGGAAAAAUGUUUAAAACUCACAAUGUCAGUUUGAAUGAGGAAAAUAAUGAUAACCCAAAGAUCACUAUGCGGGACAUCACUGAAGAGAGAUGUAAGCAGCAUCCGACAGAGAGAACGAUAUUUCUUUGUAAAAAUCAUGAUUCCGUGAUAUGUGGCAGAUGCCUUCAUUCAGAACAUCAUUCUUGCAUUAGAGAGGUUGUUGACUUGCUGCAUGGAGAUAUAAACAUUGAUUGCGAUAAAGUCAACACGAUGAAAUCACUGUUCAAUGAGCUAAAAGCAGACAUUCUGUUUUUGAAAGAUGAAGCAGAACACAGUAAGGAGAGCUACAAGAAUAAUGCUGAUCAAUGCGUUGAAGAUUGUAUGGAAUUACGAAAUAAAAUAAUACAGCGUGUAGAUGAAUUGACAAGUAGCAUUAAAGACGGAAUAAGAGAGAGAUAUGAAGAAAAUAUAAACACCUUUUCCCAUAUUACUAAGAUGUGUGAUGAGAAAAUCAAGUGGUGUGACAAUGAAGAAAUUAAAAUUGAUGAUUUCGUUGACAAUAAAAUGGCUGGGCGCUUGUUCCUCGUGAGUAGACAUUUUGAGAAAGAGGUUUCGGACGCAAGAUCCCACCUCAAAGAAAUCAAACACAUACACACAUUUAAGGGGAUUGACUUUAAAGAAAACAAAGUGAUUCUGAAAUGUAUGUUUGAGGACUUGGAGGAAAUUUGUGAACAACAUGAAGAAGUUACAGGGAGCGACGAUGGACAUGCCAACGACGUUGUCGCAUUCAUCACAGAAAUUAACAAGACACGGCGAGAGCUCACUGCAUUGUUGAAAAAGACAGGAAAUGAAAUAGACGAAUCAGAAAAGGCAAGACAGUCACUGAGUGAUGAGCUGAAACAAGUGAAACAAGACCUGGAUAAAUCAGAAAAGACAAGACAGUCACUGUGUGGUAAGCUGAAACAAGUGAAACAAGACCUGGAUAAAUCAGAGAAGGCUAGAAUGGAUAUCGAGGCGGAGUUAAAAGGAACUAAAGAAGACUUGAAUCGAGUUGAAAGGGAAAGAGCAAUAAUCCUGACGAGGUUUCCACACAUGAAAGAACACUUGAACUGGACUCAACCCACUGGAAGAGUUGAGGUCAAGACUAGCAUAGUAGCUACGGCUUAUGGCGAUGCAACUGUCAUCGUGUUGGAUUUUACAUUCCCAGAUGGCAUUCAGACGACGCACCAUCCAUCCCCGGGAAACCCGUAUAAAGGCGGCAUGUUCAAAGGACGUUUGAUUUGCGACUCUGAGGGCCAGCUGCUAAGUAGAAUGUUAAAGGCAGCGUUCAGGAAAGGGUUGAUGUUCAUCAUGGGGAAAGAAGGAAAAGUUGUCCUGGAUGACAUCUCAUUGUAUCAAGGUUAUGUGCAUUACAGAUAUGUGGGGAAAUAUUCGGCUUACGAUGAAUACAUACAGACCUUGAAAGCGGAGCUGGCUGCCAAAGGCAUCACAGAAGCAAGCAUAAAUCAGACGGGGAAGCUGAAAGAGACUUUUACUGUCGAUGAUCGUUAACUUUUAUCAGUCUUAUGUUAUCGAUGGUCGUACUCCGAAUGAUAUUGUCCAUUUUCAUAUGUAUGUUGGUGUUGUUAUAACAUUACAUGCCGGUCUGGAGUCUUUCUCCAUAUAAUCUAUUUUGCCUAUGUGUCUUUAUCGUGUAUAGUUUUGGACUGCUUGGACAUGGGAAUAGAAAUGGUAACUUGAACUUUACAUUAGUAAACGGAUUUGUUUCAAUACAAACAAUGAACUAUGUUGUCCAAUUUACAUAGGAUAAUUUCAAUAUAUUGAAAUCAUUAUUAAUAGAAAUGACUUUACUAACAGCUAAAUAAAUGUCUUAUCAAAAACAUACUAACACUUUUAGAGAUAUUAAUCAAAUAACUAUACUUUAUUCAUGUGAUUUUAAUUCCUAAUUUUGUUUGAAGGUGCACGUGAACAUUUAAUGUGUAUGCAAACACAACCAGCAGUAGUAUGGUAAAACAUUGUGUUAUUUUGUAUGUGUAUAACAUAACACACAAUAAGUUUGUUAAUUCGUGUGCAUUUCUGUCUAUGUUUUGCUGUGGCAUAGUGUAUCUCCUUCCCAGUGUCAGUUAACCUUGUGCCGCUUAAACGAGUAUUAAGGAUUUUGAAGUAAACUGGUCUUUUCCAUGUAUUUCAAUUGUAGUAUUUGUAUAAUAAUAACUUAUGUAAAUAUGAAUUCUUGUAUCUAUACUGAUUAGGUUGUAAGUGUAUUGUAUUUGAUUUUUGUGUCUUAUAAUAUUACGUCUUAAAACUGCACUCUCACAGAUUGAACGUUUUGACAUUUUUUGUAAUUUUUUUGUCUUGGGACGAGCCAAUUUUUGCAAAAAACCAUGAAAACCAGUAAUAUAAGACUGCUGACAAAAAAUAGAUUAAAAAUUGAUGUUUUACGUUUUUUUCUUAACAUUGAUUUGCAGAUAUUUUGGCAAAAAUGUGCUCUUUCCAAGACAAAAAAUAAGUUGUAAAAAUGAUUUAUCUGUCAGAGUGCAGCUUUAAACAAAGUAAUAUAUCGUACGUUAAGUUUUAAAAUGGAAAAAUAAUCCAUGCGUUAUGUAAACGUGUAUUUUAUAAUAUUGUUUUUAAUAUAUAUUGUCGCUGAUACUUAUAAAUAAUUAGAAUAGACAAAUCAUUGGUUGCUUUGGCCCUGUUUACGUGUACAAUAAUUAAGGCAUAACGGAAACUCAUCUAGAUAAACAUGAGCACAAUAUUACAAUGGAGACAUCAGGUACAGGUCCAGUUGUCAUCACCUCAGCCGUGACAUUGUUCAAAGACGUACUACUUAAGGUCUAAAAGAAACUCAACGCAAAAAAACAAAACGUCACCAUAUUGUAAUGGAAACAAUAGGCAUGUGUCAUUUAGUCUAUACCUCAACUAUUUAACUAUUGUGUUUAUAGACACAAUAAUUAAGGCCUAAAGAAUACUUAACAAGAGGCAAAUACCGUCACAGUGUUACUUUAUCAACUACAGGCACAAACCAACUUGUCAGUACUUCAUCUUGUUCAAAGACACAUCACAAAAAGACUAAAAUAAACCUUUUGAAAGAUGCUUCACAUCACAAUACAUUAAAUAUAAACGUUAACAUAGACAUUACAACUUCAUUACAGUCAUGAUUGUUUUACAUCAUUUGAAAGGUCAGUGUAAACAUGAGUUCACUUUGCGGGGCAAACCAAUGUUCCAAAGAUCGAUUAGAACCAUCUCAAACCAAAUUUGUCAGUUGUUUUUUAAUUCGAGUUCGGAAGGUCUCGGGUUUACUCACUGACCGCGUCGUAUCAAGCCAGUGUAUUUUUUGGUACCAUUAGCCCUCUUGUCUGGCGUCGCUAGGCAUUAACAGGGUAGUAUUGAGAUACAUGUUGUUAAAUUUUGAGGAUUUGUUCGCAUCAACUAGUUUAAACCCACAUUGAACUCCUUUUUUACCGACCAUUCAAAGGAAGUAACCCAACUGUUUUUCAUUAAGCUAUUUUGUUGUGAGUUUGGUCCGUAUGUACUAUUUGUACGUGUUGUGUAUCUCGUUCAGUGUUUUUUUGUGACUCGUAACGCAGUGUUCGAUUAUUUUGUGGAUUGACCAGGAUGUUGGAGAUAUAAAUAUAUUUAUGUAUCAUUUUAAAACAAGAAUUGUUGAUUGUUCCAGACAAACAUUGCUUGAUGAUGUAAUAAAUUAAUCACGCUGUGAUACCUAUAAAUGCUUUAAGUCUUUAUUGAAUGUUGAAAGAUACCUUAAUAUCAGUUAAGCGUUUCCUGUACGAGAAAAAGCAUUGGCUUGAAUAAGAUCAUUAAUCCAUAUUGUAAUUGGUCGAUUUUUAGUAAUGAUAGAGAUGAUCGCUUCUGUAUUCAUUGUUUUUUGGACAAAGAACUAAAAUGAAUAGCAUGUAUUACUUAAGUGUUUACGAUUUUAUGAGAUCCGCGAAUUUUAUUUUCUUGGUACCGUGGAAAUACUGACUUUGUUCUUUUCAAUAAUCUCAUGGCAUCGGAAAAUGUUACCCAUAUUUAAUCCACAGCUAUUUAUGUUCAUAAACUCAUGUAAGGUAAAGAUAACACGUAAAUUUGUUAACCAAAACUCUUAUUUAGUUUCAUAUAUGUAUUUAGUUUUAUUUGAUUUGCAUUGUAACAUGUAUUAUGGGCUGGGGGCUUUUUAUUAAAUAAAUUUUGUUCGUUCAAAAUUGUGUUCGUUCACUAAAUAUUUACCUACUGGACUCGUGCUAUACCUUCCAUGGUGUUAUUACAAUUUAAUUACAAGCAUGUCGUGUGAAGUACAAACUGCACUAGUAAUGCACAAAGUGCAAUGGUUUCAAUUAUUAAUGAUACAUAAGCUAAAUUAGUAUACACAAUUACAAAAAGUCAUUGCAUUAUAUAUGUUUUACAUUAUGCAAUUCAGUUAAUAACGUGUACUGUUUUUUUAUAACUGAUUGCAAAUAAUUUUUUUAGAUACUAGUUACUUAAACAUUUCGAAUUUUGCAAUAUUUAAAUAAUUGUUUAAUUUUCUUCAGUUUGUAUUACAGUCAACUAACAGAAUAACAAUAAACAACAAAGUUAGAUAGUCCAUACUUAAUAUUUGUGUGCUAAAUGUAAAUGAAAGGGGACAAAACUUCUCGAAGACGUUAACAAUAAAUCAUUUAUUGUCUUCUUAUAUUCUGUUUGGGAAUUGUUACAAGUUCAAACUAAUUAUUAUGUUAUCUUGAUUAGGUAUCUAAUGCACUGUUGCUGUUUCACAAUAAA